AUGCACAUGGCUCUCGUAGAAGUGCAUGGGGAAGGGUCGUCAACGAGUUGUUACGACAGUGUUGUAAAAUAUCUACUACGAAGCUGUAGGGGGCGCUGUGUAGAGAAAUGUGCGUGCCAAAACCAAGAAAACAGCGAAGAAAUUCCCGAAGUUGCAUAGUGGGCCAGGCGAAGCCUAUACGACAGAACAGACAGCAACGUCAGUCUGCAUUCGAAGAUAAGCUGGCGUACAGGUCCUCCAGGCCCUCCCGCUGGUGACGCCUCCGUCUCCACCUCCUCCGGCACCGUCCUCCACCCCUCCCCCACCACCACCACCACCACCACAGGUUGCGGCCGCUCCACCGAAGGUUGGACUUCCUACUCGGGUUCCGGCGCAGACCAGGGUAGAGCCUCGUGGCGUCUCCGUUGAGGAGACGCCUUGCGGGGAGGCCACCAUGGCGCCGGAGCCAAAGAAGAAGAGGAGGAAGAUGACGAUGACGGGCGACGUGGAGCAGCCGGCAACGCCCACUCCUGCUCGGACUGAGACCCGGUUGCCUGAGGGCUGGCGGACAGCCCUCAACGGGGAAGAGCAGGAGCUGAACAGUAGGACCCUCAAGCGGUGGUUUACCUGGUCGCAGCGAGCAAAGGAAAGGGCUGCGUUGACUCCAGGCGUUGCAGCAGAUGGAGGACGACCACCGGCGGCGGCGGUGGAUCGUCCGGCGGCAGCAGCAACAGCGACGUCGGCGGUGCCUCAAGGCCGGGAGACGACAGCGGCAGCGAGGGGGGCGGCGGUAGCCCCGGCAGCGGCACCGGCUGUGGCAGCGGCGGUGCCUGCUCUGCCGGCGCCUGCUCAGCCCGCCCCCUCGGCUGCUUACCCGGCUUUCCCGCCGACGGCUGCUGCCGCAGCUGCAACUGGACCUUUAAGAGCAACACAGCCUCUCCUUGUGGACCUCUCACCGCCCCGGCAGAGUGUGUGGGUGCUCCCCCCACCCCCCCCCCUCCUGACGCUCCCUCGGACAUUGCCGGCUCCUCACGUCCUCCCUCCGCCGCUGGCCGCCGCACAGCACGCCGGCCCUGAGCUGCCUGUACCUCGCAAUACAGAAUACCAGAGGAAGCAGACCGCCAAGCGGAGAGCGGCGGCACAGCCGGGCACGACUCUCUCUUCCCGGGCCGGCGUGCCACAGGCGCAGAAGUGCAGAAAAUGCGGCCAGCCGAGGCGGAGGGAGACCGGACACACCCGCCACCGCGGAGAACAUUUCUGUUCCGUCGCGGCGGGUAAGAGUGUGGAGGACUGGCUGAGGGAGAAGAAGGAGCGGGACCAGGGUGGAGCCCCGGACUGAUGCGCACUCUUGCCGGGGUUGGUGUUGUACAUAGUUCUCUUUUGUAUAUAGUGGUUUUUCUGUUCUGUGUGUAUAUAGUUCUUUUGCAGUGUUAGUGUAUAUAGUUGUUUGCUGUAUAUAGUUGUCAUUUUGCAGGAUUAGUGUAUAUAUAGUUCUUUGUUUAGUUAGUUAGUUAGUGCAUACACACUGCCAUAUUUAUUUAUGUAUAUAUAUUAGUGGUGGGCCGUUAUCGGCGUUAACGGCUGCGUUAACACCAAACUAUUAUCGGGCGAUUAAAAAAAAAAUAUCGUCGUUAAUCUAUUUUCAAACACUUCCUUGUUCGGACCCAUCACGUGACUGAACUAACCAAUCAGAAGCUAGAAUUUAGACUGAGGUAAACGUGAGGGAAUCAGAGCGGCAGAUUCAACAGAAUAUCCUGACUGUUGAAUAUGUAAACAUUAGGGGUGUGAAUCUUUGGCUUCAGACGAUUCGAUUCGAUCAACGAUUCAGUAGUUGGCGAUUCGAUUCAAGGACAAUUUUUUUUUUUUUUGGAACGAUUCGAUUCUGUAAACCACGAUUCGAUUCAGUAACUUUGAACCAAAAUUCUAUAUCCGUGAAAUAAACAUGCAAUAAUGUGACACCCUGUCAUGGGUAGAUGUGUUCGAGCGUCUUGAACUAGGUGGAAAAUCACUCAGGAGCCGACGAGAAGUUUGGAAAAAGAUGGGAUCUUUUAUUUUCCCAAUUUAAGGCCCAUAAGGCAAUAAAAAUAAAACGAAAAUCAACAAAAAGAAAAAUACAUUUCACUAAACAAACUGAAUGGGCUUGAGAGUCACAAAAACAUCAAUUCGAACUUAAGCAUACUGGACCUUUCUAUUAUUGCUAGAUUUUGGCGUAGCCAAAAUAUACAAAAACGGCAAUAAACAUAAUUACAGAAACUCGGGGUCACUUCCGGUUUACCCAGAAGUUAUGACGUUAAUUUAAACCCCGUUGACGCGGCACACAUUCCAUAAUACAGGGGACUCUCUAAAUCGACGCCACUUCGACCUGGGCGGGACUUUACGUCCUACGUCACUCGCUAUGGGUGUGCAUGUGUGCGCGUAGCCGUCACUCGCGAUGGGUGUACAUGUGAGAAAGGUUUUGGCUUUUAGUGUCUAUGGGUUGGUAAUAACGGUUCUGAUGAUUUUUCUGAUGGAAAAGUGGUCUUUUAUUUCCAUAAUCUUUGUUCAGUGAACGCAUAAACCCGUUUGUUAGUUAGCAGUUAAACAAAAUGCGAUCUCUUUGUUUACAGUUACCAACGACCAACUGAUGAUUGGAGUAUUGGGGGUUCGAUUCCCUAGUGAUGCAAGGUUUUUUUUCAUUUUGGACUGCACACACAUCGCGAGUGACGGAUAGUCGCACAAUGUACACACAUCACUGUCUUUACAAUUUCUAGGCAACCGAAGUUUAAAGAUUGUCAAGUGGUUAACUCUUGAAUCGCAUUUACUAAGACCUGAUGGGUUAGUGGUCAGAGAACAACUCAUUAACGCGGGGAUAAGGGGUUCGAUUCCUUAAUGAAACCAGCUUUUUUCUUUCAUAUUGGACUGGAUGCA